AGAGACAGAGGAGCCAUGGGAGGGAGCCAGUCCAGGAGCGAGUCGCGGGACGGGAGCGGCCGCGGCAGGUACGCCCACUCGGGCUCCUUCCAGCAGCCGGCGCCGCCGCAGUACCCCCCGCCGUACCAGCCCUACGGCGACGCGCAGGGGGCAUCAUACCCGUACGGCGCGCCCCCGCCGCAGCAGGGCGGGUACGCCGCGCCCUACCCGGCCUACCAGCCCGCGCCCGUCGCCGCGCCGCCGGCCGCGCGGGGAGGAGGGGCAUCCAAGCCUCGGACCCUCGACCGGCGCUACUCGCGGAUCGCCGACGACUUCCAGUCCGUCGAACAGGUUACCGAUGCUCUGGCUCAAGCUGGACUCGAGUCUUCGAAUCUUAUCGUAGGUAUUGAUUUCACCAAGAGCAACGAAUGGACAGGCAAAUUCUCCUUCCAUGGGCGUAGUUUACACCACAUUAGCAGUGUACCAAAUCCUUAUGAACAAGGAAUCUCCAUUCUUGGGCAGACAUUGUCGAAAUUCGACGAAGAUAACUUGAUUCCCUGCUUCGGAUUUGGAGAUGCAUCAACACAUGACCAAGACGUCUUCUGUUUUUAUCCUGAUGAGAGACCUUGCAAUGGAUUCUCAGAAGCUCUCGAGCGAUACAGGGAACUAGUUCCACAUUUGCGCUUAGCUGGACCGACAUCCUUUGCACCGAUUAUUGAGAUGGCCAUGACCAUUGUGGAGCAAAGUGGCGGGCAAUACCAUGUUCUGUUGAUAAUUGCUGACGGGCAGGUUACAAGGAGUGUAGAUACUGCAUCUGGGCAGCUGAGUGCGCAAGAGCAAAAGACUGUUGAUGCCAUUGUGAGGGCCAGUGAAUUGCCGUUAUCUAUUGUAUUAGUAGGGGUUGGUGAUGGCCCCUGGGACAUGAUGAAGGAAUUUGAUGAUAACAUUCCUGCCCGGGCUUUUGACAAUUUUCAAUUUGUGAAUUUUUCGGAGAUAAUGUCCAAAAACAUGCCACAAUCAAGAAAAGAGGCAGCAUUUGCUCUUUCAGCUUUAAUGGAGAUACCGCAACAGUACAAAGCAACUGUGGAGUUGGGAAUCUUAGGCCGUCGCUCUUUGAAGGCUCCAGUAAGGGUUCCUCUACCUCCCCCCGCUGGAAGCCAUGAUGCUUAUUCAUAUGGAGCGAAAAGCUUUAGUAAACCAACCACCUCAUCAUCUUAUCCUCCUUAUGAAACUGCACAUACUGCAGCCCCUGCUGCACCUUCUUCUGCUUAUGACAAUCAGGUUUGCCCUAUCUGCCUUGUGAACCCGAAAGACAUGGCUUUUGGCUGUGGACACCAGACCUGCUGUGAGUGUGGGCAGACACUGCAAUCAUGUCCAAUAUGUCGUACUCCAAUCUCCACAAGAAUAAAGCUAUAUUAGCUAGUGCUGGUUUUGGAUCAUUGUGAGUGGGUGGCAAUAAUGGAGGGAGACCAUAAUGGUGAUGAAUUGCAACAAGCUCCGAGCGCAAUCCAAGCCUUCAAGUCAGGCACAGUGGUCUGCACUGCAUCUUGCAGAGCCGGGUGAUACACCUUCCAAGAUGGUUGCAGGGGAUGUCUCUCUGAGUAUUAAUACCCAACCAAGAUGAUCCGAACUCAAGCUUUUAUGAGAACUAGAUUGCAGGACUUUCCAAGGAGAAAUGCAUGCGAAAAGAUCCUAAAAAAAGAAGAGAAAUCUGCCGAUGGAUCCAACAAUAGUGUAUGGUGCUUGCAACGUGUGUACAUAAGGGUUUGUUUUUGACCGGAUAUCUGACAUCAGGUUUAGAGAAUUCGUUCCUCCCUUUGCCGUUUGACCCGGGAUUUGUUUGUUCUUGAAUGUGCUUGUACAAAUCUGCAGUUUCAAAAAACUGAAAUUAACAUUUUUU